GUAUUUUCGGUAUAAUCCAUUCAGUUCUCCCGGCGGAAUUGCGGUCAGGUAGAGCAUUGGCUCAAAUAUAAUCAAGCCAAACCGCACCCAGCAUUCUAGAUUAUCAAUAUCAUUUCAUUUCCUAUUUGAGUUCACAAUACGGUACCACAAUGUCUGCCAACAGGUCGCAAGAUGAAUUAGGGAAGCUUAGCGGCCGCGUUGCGAUCAUCACAGGGUCUUCGUCCGGCAUGGGCCGAGCAAUCGCACUCGCCUUGGCUGAAGAAGGUGCUUCAAUAGUCUGCGCUGAUCUCCAGCAAGAAGCCUCGCUGAAGGGCUACGAAGUCGACAAGCAUACCCCGACCCAUGACUUGAUCUCCCGCAAUGGCGGACGAGCGGUGUUCCAGAAAUGCGACCUAGGGAAAGCGGAGGAGAUUGUUCGUCUCGUUCAGGUCGCAGUCGAGACAUACGGCAAACUAGACAUCCUCGUAAACAACGCCGGUCUGUGGAUUCCGCUUCGUCCAUUCGUGGAAGAAACGGACGAAAUCUGGCAGUCGAUGCUAAACAUCAAUACUCGCGGCCCGGCGACAGCGAUGCGCGAAGCCAUCAAGCAGUUCGUGCAACAGCCUGUAACAGAUUCUGGAUCCCGCGGGCGCAUCGUGAACAUCUCCUCCUCCGCCGGAAUAACAGCUAUAGCAGGCGAAACAGCAUACGCAGCCAGCAAAGCGGCACUAUCAAUGCUAACCCGGAAUGCUGCACUUGAUCAUGCCAAAGAUUCCAUCAAUGUCAAUGCGGUUUGCCCGGGUGUCGUGCGCACUGCCUUGUCUAGCACAAACUUCAAUGACAAGGGCAUUAUUACGGAGAUGAGAAAGAGUACCCCGUGGCCGCGGCUUGGAGAUCCUAGGGAUAUUGCCAGAGUGGUUCUUUUUCUUUGCUCGGACGACGCCCAGUGGAUGACAGGGCAGAAUAUCGCCGUAGAUGGAGGGUUUACAGUGGGCAUUCCUUUAUAAAUAUAUGUAUGUAAAGGCUUAUUGUACAUCUUGGAUUGCUAGGAAAGUACACGACGUGCAGGGAAUAAAGCCGUAAAGUCUUACAUGAGCCCUUAUAGACAUUUAACGCUCUUGUCCUAGAGUUCGCAUGGAUUAGGCAUUCCUCGUCGAGGGUGGUUCUUCGUCGAAGUUACCGAAUCGACACGCGUGAUAGCGAGUAGGCCCAGCGACCAUGAUGAACGGGACGACACCG